AUGGUCAGACCAGUCGUUAUCUCCGGGCCCUCCGGCACAGGCAAGUCCACGCUUUUGAAGAAGUUGCUUGCGGAAUUCCCCGACACGUUCGGGUUCUCGGUGUCCAACACCACCAGACAGCCUAGACAGGGCGAAGUGGACGGCGUCGACUACCACUUCUCGACCGUGGACGAGUUCAAGAAGUUGAUUGCCGAGGAGAAGUUCAUCGAGUGGGCGCAGUUCUCCGGCAACUACUACGGCACGUCCAUCAAGGCCGUGGACGACGUGGCCAAGUUGAACCGAAUCUGUAUCUUGGACAUCGACAUGCAGGGCGUCAAGUCCGUCAAGAAGGCGCAGAUCGACGCCCGCUUCUUGUUCUUGAGCCCGCCGUCCAUCGCGUCCUUGCGGGACAGAUUGAGCGGGCGGGGCACGGAGACCGAGGACUCCAUUGCCAAGAGAAUCGCGGCCGCGUCUGCUGAGAUGGAGUACGCCAAGACGGGGGCCCACGACAAGGUCAUUGUCAACGACGACUUGGAGAGGGCCUACGCGGAGUUCAAGGAGUUCAUCUUGGCCGAGGCCAACUAG